AUGCCACCUUCUGCCUUGCACCUUCCUCUCGUCCACCCUGCGGCAGCCUUUGCUUCUCCUUUGACUAAUGCCGCCGAACAGGCAGACAUCAGUGGAAGCAUUCAUAAGACCCACGAUGACAGGCAGUUCGUUACCCUGGCUGCAGUGGUUCACAGCGAAAAGCCUCAAACAGGUCUCUGCGACGCUCCUCAAUUCGCACGUCGCAUGGCUCGUUUUCAAUCAAUGGAGGAUUGUAACACAUGUGAUAGUAUCAUGUCUGCCUCGCCUAGACUUGUUGUGCACCUCGACGAUGCGCGUCCUCUGGCCUCUUCCUCCUCCUCCGACUUUGGAUGUGUGGACUAUGGUGAGGAUCAGUUGCCCAAAGAAACAUCAUUCGGACUGCGUGGCCUUAAAAUGCAACAUUGCGAGGCGAAGCAUGAAAUGCACGAUGUCGAGUUGAGUAGGACUGACUCCAAAGUCGGUGUCUGCCGCAUCAGUAGGAGGGGUCACACACUGCAGGAUGCGGAACUUCAUGGCCGGCUACCAGGAGGUGGACCAAUAGUGGAAGCAAAUCCUCUCUGGCAACCUUUCCAUCGACGAACAGAUGCUGACUCCACAAACUAA